CUCCUCCUCUCUCUCCUCCUCCUCUCCGCCUCCACCGUUGCCUUUUCUAAUGAAGAUUGUGUAUACACUCUUUACAUAAGAACAGGGUCCAUCAUCAAAGGUGGCACGGACUCUAUCAUAAGCGUGAGACUAUAUAACAUGAAUGGUGACUACGUGAGGGUCUCCAAUAUUGAAGCAUGGGGAGGGUUAAUGGAGCCAGGUCACGACUACUUUGAGUGGGGGAAUCUGGAGAUCUUCAGUGGGAGAGCACCCUGUUUGAGUUCACCUGUGUGCGCCUUGAACUUGACCUCUGAUGGGUCAGGCUCUGGCCAUGGCUGGUACGUUAACUACGUGGAGGUGACUACCACUGGGGUCCGUGCGACUUGUUCACAGAUGAAGUUUACUAUUGAGCAGUGGCUGGCUCUUGAUACUUCACCUUACGAGUUAACUGCAGUUAGGAAUUAUUGUGAUUAUUUAUCGGGCUAAAAAAUCUGCUGCUUUAAGUUCUUCCAUGUGAAGGUGGGCUAUUUUUCGGAUGCUUAGGCUUCUGUUAAUUACUUUGCAUGUGGUAGGUGUGGAAUUGGAUAAAAAUAUCCCUGUUAUGUUGAA